GCCGGGGUCUGGUUUCCAGACCUAGCCCAAACUGAAAAAAUUGUUCUUGCUUCCCGAUUUCCAGUCCUCUGUCGUUUGUUGUCCCAUACUCCCAUCUGUUCUCCGCGAGGCGCAACGAAGGCACAAAACCCUUACCUCCAUCAAACCCUAGCGCUCGUGUCCCCGUUUAGCUCCCGUCGCCGCUACCAUGGGCUCAGAUGCGGAUAUGGAGGACUACGGGUUCGAGUACUCAGACGAGGAGCCGGAGGAGCAGGAUGUCGAUAUCGAGAACCAGUAUUACAACUCUAAAGUUAAUUUCUUUUGAGGGCAGAUCAAGAUGAGGAGGUUGAAGACAUGCUUAUAGCCUUACACACACGGCCACACUUGUCGCUGGUGAUAUAAAGGCAAAUCAAUUAAGGGCGGAUGCUGGCGGGGUCGCAUUCGCCCGUUUGUUGUUCGUUCGAGUUUUCUUUGUAUGGUGGCACACAACUCUUAACAAGGAGGCACCAACAUUAUGUGCUAACUAAGCAAGGUUUGGUUGAGACAGACCCAGAGGGUGCACUUGCUGGUUUUGAUCAAGUAGUCAGUAUGGAGCCUGAAAAAGCUGAAUGGGGAUUUAAAGCUCUUAAACAAACUGUCAAGCUUUACUAUAAGCUGGGAAAAUACAAAGAAAUGAUGGAUGCCUAUAGAGAGAUGUUAACAUACAUAAAAUCUGCUGUCACCCGGAACUACAGUGAGAAAUGUAUAAACAACAUAAUGGAUUUUGUUUCUGGAUCAGCUAGUCAGAACUUUAGUCUUCUGCAAGAGUUCUACCAGACAACACUGAAAGCGCUUGAAGAAGCGAAAAAUGAGAGAUUAUGGUUCAAGACAAACUUGAAGCUCUGCAAAAUUUGGUUUGAUAUGGGCGAAUAUGGUCGCAUGAGCAAGAUAUUGAAGGAGCUGCAUAAAUCUUGCCAAAGGGAAGAUGGUUCUGAUGAUCAAAAGAAAGGCACACAGCUUUUGGAAGUCUAUGCUAUUGAAAUCCAAAUGUACACUGAAACAAAGAAUAAUAAAAAGCUUAAGGAAUUGUAUCAAAGGGCUCUUUCCAUCAAAUCGGCGAUACCACAUCCAAGAAUCAUGGGUAUAAUUCGUGAGUGUGGUGGGAAGAUGCAUAUGGCUGAGAGGCAGUGGGAUGAGGCUGCCACUGAUUUCUUUGAAGCUUUCAAGAACUAUGAUGAAGCAGGCAAUCCGCGGAGAAUUCAAUGCCUAAAAUAUCUUGUCCUUGCCAAUAUGUUGAUGGAGUCUGAAGUGAAUCCUUUUGAUGGACAAGAGGCCAAGCCGUACAAGAACGAUAGUGAAAUCCUUGCAAUGACAAACCUGAUUGCAGCGUACCAGAAGAACGACAUCAUGGAGUUUGAAAAGAUCCUGAAGAGUAAUAGAAGAACAAUAAUGGAUGAUCCUUUUAUCCGUAACUAUAUUGAGGAUCUGUUGAAGAACAUCAGAACCCAAGUGCUGCUCAAGCUUAUUAAACCGUAUACACGAAUCAGGAUUCCAUUCAUUUCGCAGGAACUCAAUUUCCCGGAGAAGGAUGUGGAGCAGCUGUUGGUAUCGCUCAUCCUGGACAACCGAAUCCAAGGCCACAUAGACCAGGUCAACAAGUUGCUAGAGCGUGGAGAGAGGUCCAAGGGGAUGAGGAAGUACAAUGCCAUCGACAAGUGGAAUACUCAGCUCAAGUCCAUUUACCAAACAUUGUCCAACAGAGUUUGAUGAGACGAAUCGUGGCUGCUGUAUGUUUGCACACCUAGAAUUGUUGAUAGCCUGUUUUGGGGAUUUGAGGGCAACUGCAAAGAGCUGUAUGGCAACGCUUGCAGUAGAAUCUUGGAUCUGGGUAAAAUGAGAUGUCCAUGUAAGCAUUUGAUAUUAGCUUUUUCAGUUAUAUUGACUAUGAGGAUGUCCAUGUAGCGAUUUCGUUAGGACUGCUUUCAACGGUUCCCGCCGCCCUCCUGUUUAGGGGGCCUCUUGGUUCA